UUGGAAGUGGAGACUGAAGCUAUUCCGUAAUACUAUAGUAUUUGGUUGGUACUCGUUCGGCAUUGAGAGGAGCGCGCGCGCGCUCGCGCGUUACGAUCAACAGAGGAUCGAAAAAUACUGAGGGCAGUUAGUCGCGAGCUUUGCGAUUCAUCGGGUGAUCACCACCACAUCAUCGGUAACGUGGACUUUCACGAUCGUGCGAACAACGAUGAUAUUUUAAAGCAUGCUGUUAGCUGGUGUUGAAAAGAAGGAAAAUAAAUAAUUGGAAGAAACUAGGAAAUCGAAAUACACGUACACCUUGCAGAUAAUAGAGAAAGAAGUGGUAGAAAAAAAAUAGUCGGAAGGAAGGGGAAAGGGAAGGGGAUAGGGAAAGGAAAAGGAAAAGGAAGAGAGAAAAGAAAAGAAAGAGAAAGGGGGUGAAAGACAGUGCGGCGCGAUCUUGAGCGCGGGAAGAGGCAAUAACAAUGCAACAUUUUUGUACGAUUAUUCGCGUAAUUUUGUUCAUUCUAAUUUAUCGAUUAACAGAAAUCAAUGGUAAGGAAAUGGAGAGAGAAGAAGAUUCAUUUUGUCGUCCAUUCCCUGAAAUUAUUUUGCAAGGAACUAAGAUCGAUAGAUCCGAGAACGGAAGCUUAGUGCACGAUAAGUUGGUGUAUCCUGCUGGAUUGUAUCGAGUAUUUGAAAAUAAAACAUAUGGAUGCACAUGUAAUUUGCGAGCAUGUUUGAGAAAGUGUUGUAAAAAAGACGAGAUUUUAGGGAAAGGCAUUCGGCCUAACUGUACUCGCUCAUCAAACGGGUUGCCUGCUCCGGUUCUCGUUCUCAAGCAGCAUCAACUCGCUACUGAAAUUAAAGGAAUAUCCCGUAUAGACGAACUGUUUUUUGUCGUGGAGGAUAUGCAGUGUCCCACGAGGUUUAUGCUCGAACCAGAACGUUUCAAAGAUGAUGAGUUCGUCCUGCUACCAAACGGUACCCUCGAAACUACGACCGACAACUAUGCAGCAUGGAAUUACUGUUUCGACUGGCAAGAAUCUUCCAAAAAGGUCGUCGCUCUAAUUUGCUCCUCUAAUUCCUCCAUAGCAAAUGCUUCUUCUGAUCCGGAGGAGUCUUUCGACAUUGGCAUCGUUAUUUCUAUACCGUUCUUUGUCGCGACAUUUUUCGUUUAUGCGAUUAUUCCGGAAUUGAGGAAUCUUUAUGGAAAGACGCUAAUGUGUUAUGUGGCUUGUUUGAUACUCGCCUACUCUUUUCUCGUUUUCGCCAAACUGCAUUACUUAGAAUUUGUCUUCUGCUCCACAAUAGCGUUCAUCAUCCAUUUUUCUUUCCUGGCCAGUUUCUUCUGGUUGAACGUUAUGUGUUUUGAUAUUUGGUGGACUUUUGGAGGUUUCCGAUCUCUACAGGGCAGCGUGAAGCAAAGGGAGCGAAAAAAAUUUUUAAUAUACUCCGUUUACGCUUGGGGUUGCGCAUCGCUACUCACCGGAGUUUGUGCUAUUAUGGACUUUCUUCCUGACAUUCCAGAGCAUUUUAUCAAGCCACAAUUUGGCAGAUUUAAUUGCUGGUUUAUGACUAACAAGGCAAGGGCGAUAUACUUUUACGCGCCAAUAGGCGUUACCGUGUUUUGCAACAUAUGCCUUUUCAUCUCCACGGCGUUGAAGAUCGUGCAACAUAAAAAGGACACUGCUCAACAUCUUAAAAGCAUAGACAGUAGGCGCCACGACGACAAUAAACAAUGGUUCAAUCUAUAUUUGAAACUCUUCAUCGUAAUGGGCAUUAAUUGGUCAAUGGAAAUAAUAUCAUGGCUCUGCAACAAUUCACCAGCUUACAUUUGGUAUCUUACAGAUCUUACCAAUACCUUGCAAGGUGUACUCAUCUUUUUAAUUUUCGUUUGGAAAGAUAAAGUCAAACGACUGUUAUUAAAAAGAUUCAGUUGUCACAGAAGUAACAUUCUUUCAAGAAACUCGACUCGCAGUGCUUGUCAUAGUUCAGCGACGUCUCGUACUUGCACAUUGACGACGACGACACAGUUUCAGGAGAAAAUCGACCCCUAUUCGAAUGAAUCUUCUUCCGACAAAGCAAUCGUUAUGAAUUAACAAGAAUUACGAUUAGCCUGGAAAGAUUUAAAUAUAUGUGUACUUUGAUGUUUGCGCGAUUCAUAAAUACGUAUGGCCCAUGCGACUAUUUUUCGCAAAAACAUCACAAUUUUCUUCGUUUAACUUCAUUCACAUAUCACAUUCGUUACGUUUACAUGAAAAACGUGAGAAAAAUAGUGCAGCGAAUUAUAUUGAAUUGAAAUGAAACAGAACGGAUCGAACAGAAAAGGAACGGAAAUUAAUAAAAAAUAAAAUAAAUC